AGAUGGGAGGCUGGAGCUAAUGUGGGUUAUCGGAUCCUCUCUGGAAAAGCAAAACUUCACACAUUUUUAAGGGGAAACAGUGAGUAUUCUGGACUGGUUUUAUUGGGCUUUCCUUUUUUUCUGACGUCGGGCUGCGAAACGAUGGAAAUGGACUGAAAUGGAUAAGUUUCAUUUCUGAAAGUUUCCAAAAAUGGUUUUAAUAGCGCGGCAGUCCCUGGUGGCCAGUUAUACACUUAACUGCGGCGCCUCGCUGCCUUAAAACCACCAUCUGUGAAAAUAUGAGCAAGGAGACUUUAUGAUGGAGACGCUAUGAAGUCAGCUUUACAUCUUUGGAUCAAUUCAGUCGUGCUACAUUAAUGGAGCGGGUUCUACUGUUGAUAUGCUGCGAGUUGAUCAUAGCCAUCGGUUUUUCUGGUGGAUCUCCGAACCAUAAGCAUCGCCCCGCGUGUUGGAAAGCCAUCCUCAAGUGUCACGGAGAACCCGACUGCCGUUACGCGUACGACCAGUACAUCCAUGCCUGCGCGCCCGUCAUCAGCGGCGUGCGCAAGAUAUGCCCCAGUCACUGCAUAUCAUCCCUGAUCCAGCUCAAUCUGACCCGAAACGGCCCGGAUCUGGAGGACUGCGACUGCGCCAUGGACCCGGUGUGCAGGAGCACCCAGCAGGCCAUCGACCCGUGCGUACCGCGCACCCGCGCCAUGGGAUGCACCGAAGCCCGGCUGCAGUGCGAGACGGACCCGGCGUGCAGCUCGGCCAUGAGGGAUUAUUUGUUCCACUGCAGGAAACUUUUCGGGGGGCAGAGAUGUUCGGAGGGCUGCCGCAAAGUUAUCGCCAACAUGCGCUCCAUACCGAAAGCGCUGCAGCUUGACGCAUGCGUCUGCGACGGCUCUGAUAGGAACAUCUGCGAAUACAUCAAGCUGAGCAUGAGGACUCUGUGCUCGGAGUCCAGCGAUGGAGGAAGCGGAUUCUCAGACACUAUGGAGGACACAGAUGAUGAUGAUAUUUACCAGGAUGAUUAUUAUUAUGUUGACAGUUCAGGAAGCUCUCAACCUUAUUCUGCACAUCUUAAAAUCAUCAUCUUAGUGGUUAUUUUCAUGGGAUUUAUCUGAGGAGGAAAAAUCAUUCAAAGUUUUUUUCCACCAGGGCCAGCCUAAACAUUUAUGAGGCCCUCAGCUGAACUGAAUUUGGCCCCACACUCGUAGUUUAUUCCAUGCAAAUUCACAAGUAAGAGAGGAGGAGUUAACAAUGAAAUUAGAAGAGAUCACAUAAAUGCAACCCAGUUUCACUACAAAUGAGAGUUAUAUGUAUAUAGUUAGCUGCAAAAUCAAAGCUCCUUAUUUGCAACAAGCGUGUGCUCGGUUUUAGUGGUGCACUACAAAGUUCAUGCUGUUAAAAUACUCAGUGAAAUAAAAUAAUUUUACUCAAGAAAUACUAAGUUUUUCUGGUUCUUGUUUAGGAUGUUUCUCUAUAAAUCUUAAUGUAAAACCAGAAUAAUGGAAAACACUACAUAUAAAACUGUUACACAAUACGGGGGGAUCCUGUUGAAGAUUUAGUUUAAAUAUUUGUCAUUUAUCACAGCAAGUAAAACCAUCAAUUUCCAAGCCCAACUGAGAGCCGUAAGCAGUUGAAAAGUUUAUGUGUAGCUUUGGGCUGGCUCUAAAAUGUAAUCAUAAGAUUGGUUUGACGUGUUUAAGUUCAUCUUCACAGCAUUUUUUUUAUGUUAUUGUAUAGCGGUAGUCCUUUACCUAAACAUGCAGUGUUUAUUUAAAUGUCACAUUAUGUAAAAAA